AUGCCUCCCAUUUUAUUUAAAACACAGAUUGAAAUGACACUCAUAUUAUUUCAAAAGUUAACUUCGAUUCUAUUUGAUCGUCAACUACAAAUUUUUCGGUAUAUUAGUGUAGGACAUGGUUUAAUAUCGCAUUUGGGAGUUAGUUUAGAAUUGAAGUUAGAUCGAAUAGCUAUCGAUGAUCCUGUUCUUGUUAUACCAAAAACGCAUAAUAAUGGAACUUGUUCAUGUGCAACUUCGAUUAACUGUGUAGAAUUGGCAAGUUUCUAUAAUCUCACUCAUGACAUCGUCUACACUAUUGAAAAUAUUUAUACUGGAUGUUUUUUGCUUGAAUCAAUUCUGCAUUUAUCUCUCUCUUACUUUUUUUCAAAUUCACGUAUGAUCAAUCUCAUGAAAGCAACGAAUCGUGGCGACUCGAAUUCGUCUACGCUACCUUUAACAAUCGAUAUUUCACCACUAGAAUUUCCAUCAUCAAUAUCUAAUUUUAACAUUAAUGACACAAUCGAAACCAUGGUUUAUCAGUUGUUUAUUGAUUCUUGGUCAAAUGAAACAUUGUAUGAACGAUAUUACAAUGUAUGUGCACCAAAAAAGUGUAUUUAUUUGAAGAAAAAGCGUUUGAAUGUUAUUUAUGCAGUAACAAUUUUUUUAACUGUAAUCGAUGGACUCUCAUUAGGACUUCGUUCUGUUAUCCCAUUAUUCGUUCGGCUGUUAUACAAAUUAGGCAAUCGUAUCUGUGCAUUAUGCUCAUGA